AUGACCAAGGACAUGGUCGACCCUCCAGUGCGAGACAUGGAGGCUUGGGUCAAUCGCUCCCUUGAGGAGCGCCAACGGGAGGUCGAGGCCAAGAAUGGUGAAAUCCCCCGUCCAAUGAACUCUUUCAUGCUUUAUCGGUCUUCAUACAUUGCUCGCAUCAAGCACAUGCUGGGCAAGAACUGCAAUCAGAAUGUCUCUCGGAUCGCCGGUAUCAGCUGGAAGGCAGAGACCAAGGAGAUUCGGCAGAAGUUUGAAAAUCUGGCCAUCAUGGAGCGCCAGAACCACGCAGCUUCACACCCGGGAUACAAAUUCAAGCCACACAAGGGGCCAGUCACGACCACGCGAAGGAGCGACGAAUAUACUCCUCCGCGCUCGUCUGCUACUCCGGGAGUUUCGAUGCGUGGGAGCUCGGACGAAUGGGACGACAGAUACGUGCGAGAUGGAACACCCAGUAUGGGACAUUACAGUUCAGAAUGCUUCGAAGUCGACUACAUCACCAGUAGCCGCUGCUCAACGCCUUUCGGUACUCCUGACUCUAUGCUGGGUCCAAGUGGCUACAUGACACCGAUGUGGCCCAACACCAGCUACCCCGGCGUUGGAUUGCAAGCUAUCGGACCACAUGUUGAAGACCUGAAGUUCUCUCGGGCCAGCCCAAUGCCACACGAGCUUCCAUACACCUCAUCAACCAACGGUCUGACAGGCAUCCCCGGCGCCUCACACGAGCUGCUCCAGCCUCAACCCAUCCACCCAUUGCCGACCCACGUUGUCGGCGACCACUUGGAUCCUCAGCUACUCAGCUAUGCAAGCGAGACGAACGGUCUUCCAAUCGUCGUUGGCCCUCUCACUCCCCCAACCAAUCCUUACCAAUCCUGGCCCGGGGAAGAGUGCUAUCUUCCAACAGCACACUCCGCAGUUCCCAGCCCCAUCCCAUUCCCCGUGCCUGCUAUCUAUUCAGUCGCUAUGCAGCGUGGACCUUCUUGGGAUGCCAAGUAUGACCCCAACAGCCUCUUGGGUGACUCAACGAGUAACGAAAUAGACUCGUGGCUGGAGCCAUCGUCUUCCAACUACUAA